GGAGGGAGACGUCAUUGCAGGGUUGUUUGUCAGUCUCGGUGGCGGCGGCGGCGGCGGCGGCGGCGGCUACCCACAGUGAUUUGGCCGCCGCGCCGGGGGGUGGGGGGGCUGCGCGGGACUCUUUUCUUUCAGACUGACCGCGGGGCAGCUGGGGAGCAUGUCGACCCCGGCCCGGAGGAGGCUCAUGCGGGAUUUCAAGCGGUUACAAGAGGACCCACCUGUGGGUGUCAGUGGUGCACCAUCUGAAAACAACAUCAUGCAGUGGAAUGCAGUUAUAUUUGGACCAGAAGGGACUCCCUUUGAAGAUGGUACUUUUAAACUAGUAAUAGAAUUUUCUGAAGAAUAUCCAAAUAAACCACCAACUGUUAGGUUUUUAUCCAAAAUGUUUCAUCCAAAUGUGUAUGCUGAUGGUAGCAUAUGUUUAGAUAUCCUUCAGAACCGAUGGAGUCCAACAUAUGAUGUAUCUUCUAUCUUAACAUCAAUUCAGUCUCUGCUGGAUGAACCGAAUCCUAACAGUCCAGCCAAUAGCCAGGCAGCACAGCUUUAUCAGGAAAACAAACGAGAAUAUGAGAAAAGAGUUUCGGCCAUUGUUGAACAAAGCUGGAAUGAUUCAUAAUAGACAACUGGUCUGUUAAUCUUUUUCAUCAUUGUUGUGUAUAAUUUACCUCUCAGUAGAAAGGCUAACAAAUUUUAAGUGCCACAGGUUUUAAGGAUUCUGCAGAAAAAAAAGAAAAAUGUCCUUCAGUUUAGAACCUACAAAAGCUUGUGUAUCUUGAUUAAUGUACUUUUUAUUGCAUGGUGUGAACUAAGUUAUUGCUGCAUAAAUUUGUAAUAUAUCCUGUUUGUAUUUUUUUCCAAGUGUAUAAUGUUGGUGUGGAGUUUUCAUGACAGAAUAUACACAUUUUGUAAAUCUGUACUUUUUUCAAAUAUUGAAUGCCUUAUUUUUGAAUUCUUUAGAUUUUUAAAUUGGAAAAAGCACUUAAAGUUUUUUAUAUAUGAAUAUUACAUGUAAAGCUGUUAAAAUACAUAACUUCAGUGCAAGAG